AUGCCGCCAUCGAAGUGGGAUGACGAGGAGGAGAGCACAUCCCCCCCUCCCCCCGUGCUCCCCCGCCGCAACAAGUUUGACGACGAGGAGGAAGAAGAGGUCCUCGACUCCUGGGAUGCGGCCGAAGACAGCGAUGUAGAGCGCGAAAAAGAAGCCAAAGCCGCCGAAGCCAAAGCCAAAGCCGAAGCCGAAGCCGCCGCAAACAAGAAAUCCAAGAACCAACGGAUAGAGGAGCACAAGCAGAUUCGGCGGAAACAGGCCGAAGAGGAACAGGCCAACGCCGAGAGCGAUGAGGAUGAGUCCUCACGCCGGGAGCGCUUGCGCCGUACAGAGAAGGACUCUGAUCUUGCGCACGCGGAGGAUUUGUUCGGUGGAGGUGGGGGUGCGAUUGAUAUUGGGGACGUGGAUAUGCAGCGGAUGAAGAAUCGGAGUGCGGCACCCAAGCCGGUUAUGGUUUCGGAUUCGGCGGAUCCGACUAAUGCGAUUGAUCUUUCGGCGAUGCCGUUGUUCAAGCCUACGUCCAAGGAGCAGUUUUCUAAAGUUACUUCUACCCUUGGGCCGAUGUUGACGGCGCACUCGAAAAAGCCGCACUAUGCUCUGUGGGCACAGGAUUUCGCCAAGCAGCUGGUCAAGGAUCUGCCCUCUGGCGAGAUCAAGAAGAUCGCCAGUGCCCUGACGACUGCUAGCAACGAGAAGAUGCGUGAGGAGCGUGCGGCCGAUAAGGGCAACAAGAAGUCGAAGGCUGCGAAGACGAAGGUGUCUUUGGCGGCCUCCAGGGAGGACAAGAUUGAUUCCAACUACGAUAACUACGAUGACGGGUUGGGUGAUGAUGAUUUCAUGUGA